CUCCGCUCCUUGACGUGGCACUGGGCGCCGCCAUGUUGGUGACGUCACGCAGUGCGCUGGCUGGCUGUCUGCUAGCAGGAGCAGAGAGUAGUGAGAGGAGAGACAGGUUGCACAGUAACAUCUCAACAUGACGACCUUUAUGGAGUUUAUUCAGCAAAAUGAAGACAGAGAUGGAGUCCGGUUCAGCUGGAAUGUUUGGCCCUCCAGCCGUUUGGAGGCCACAAGAAUGGUGGUACCGGUAGCCGCCCUCUUCACGCCAAUAAAAGAGAGACCAGAUUUGCCCCCUAUACAGUAUGAGCCUGUUCUCUGUAGCCGAACCACCUGUAGAGCUGUUCUAAACCCUCUUUGUCAAGUCGAUUACCGGGCAAAACUCUGGGCUUGCAAUUUCUGUUAUCAGCGAAAUCAGUUUCCUCCUACAUAUGCUGGCAUCUCUGAAAUGAAUCAGCCUGCAGAACUCCUGCCGCAGUUCUCCAGCAUCGAAUAUGUGGUCCAGCGAGGUCCUCAAAUGCCAUUGAUCUUCCUUUAUGUUGUGGACACCUGCAUGGAAGAUGAAGAUCUUCAGGCUCUGAAAGAAUCCAUGCAAAUGUCUCUCAGCCUGCUGCCUGCAACUGCUUUGGUGGGACUCAUCACGUUUGGCCGCAUGGUCCAUGUACAUGAACUGGGCUGUGAAGGCAUCUCUAAAAGCUAUGUUUUCCGUGGAACCAAAGAUCUAUCUGCAAAACAGCUUCAGGAAAUGUUAUCACUUACAAAGACUCCUGCUGCUCAGCCAGGACGUGGACCACAGAUUCAGCAGCCCCCUGCAUCUAACAGGACUCCAUGUGGACUUGCUGCCACCUCAAUUGAGAGAUUUUUACAGCCAGUUCAAAAAAUUGAUAUGAAUCUUACGGACCUUUUGGGAGAGCUCCAGCGAGAUCCAUGGCCUGUCCCGCAGAGCAAGAGACCUUUAAGAUCCUCAGGGGCGGCACUUUCUAUUGCAGUUGGACUUCUUGAGUGCACCUUUCCUAAUACCGGGGCUAGGAUUAUGAUGUUCAUUGGAGGACCAGCCACACAAGGCCCUGGUAUGGUUGUGGGGGAUGAUCUGAAGACUCCCAUUCGUUCUUGGCAUGAUAUUGAAAAGGACAAUGCAAAGUAUGUGAAAAAGGCAACAAAGCAUUAUGAAGCUUUGGCAAACCGUGCAGCUGCCUCUGGUCAUGUAAUAGACAUCUAUGCCUGUGCUUUAGAUCAGACUGGGCUCCUAGAAAUGAAAUGCUGUCCAAAUAAUACAGGUGGUUACAUGGUGAUGGGGGACGCCUUCAACACCUCUCUUUUCAAGCAGACAUUUCAGAGAGUUUUUACUAAAGAUGCACAGGGGAACUUCAAGAUGGCAUUCGGUGGUACUUUAGAAAUUAAGACGUCACGAGAGAUAAAAAUUUCAGGUGCUAUUGGACCUUGCGUAUCCCUGAAUGCCAAGGGACCCUGUGUGUCUGAAAAUGAGAUUGGUACGGGUGGGACAAGUCAGUGGAAAGUUUGUGGCCUUAGUCCGACCACAACCCUGGCGGUAUACUUUGAAGUGGUUAAUCAGCACAACGCUCCAAUUCCACAAGGGGGACGAGGUGCAAUCCAGUUUGUGACAGAGUAUCAGCACUCAAGCGGACAAAAGCGAAUCCGAGUAACCACAAUAGCAAGAAAUUGGGCUGAUGCUCAGACUCAGAUUCAGAAUAUUGCAGCAUCUAUUGAUCAAGAGGCAGCAGCUAUCCUCAUGGCCAGGCUGGCUGUUUACAGAGCAGAGACUGAAGAGGGUCCAGAUGUCUUGAGAUGGCUUGAUCGUCAGCUCAUUCGACUGUGUCAGAAAUUUGGAGAAUAUCAGAAGGACGAUCCCAAUUCUUUCCGGUUUUCAGAAACAUUUUCUCUCUACCCACAGUUUAUGUUUCAUCUGAGGAGGUCACCAUUCCUUCAGGUGUUCAACAACAGUCCAGAUGAAAGCUCUUAUUACAGACAUCACUUCAUGCGCCAAGACCUCACCCAGUCUCUUAUAAUGGUACAACCAAUCCUGUAUUCUUAUUCCUUCAGUGGCCCCCCAGAGCCUGUAUUACUGGACAGCAGCAGUAUACUUCCAGACAGGAUCCUAUUGAUGGACACAUUUUUCCAGAUUCUUAUUUAUCAUGGCGAAACUAUUGCACAGUGGAGGAAGUCAGGAUACCAAGACAUGCCAGAGUAUGAGAAUUUUCGGCAUUUAUUACAAGCUCCAGUGGAUGAUGGGCAAGAAAUACUUCACUCUCGUUUUCCAAUGCCUCGUUAUGUAGACACUGAGCAUGGAGGAAGCCAGGCUCGUUUUCUGCUAUCAAAAGUGAACCCAUCACAAACGCAUAAUAACAUGUAUGGCUGGGGACAGGAGUCUGGAUCCCCUAUUCUCACAGAUGACGUCAGUCUGCAAGUUUUCAUGGAUCAUCUGAAGAAACUAGCUGUUUCCAGUGCUGCAUAAUAGAAUACUUUCCUGAAUGGACACAAUGCCCCAAAAAGCGUUUGGCUUGUAGGGUUUUCCCCACUAGCCUGGAUCCUGAGAGUGCACAUGGUACAAGAUGCUGGAACACCAACUGCUCACCCCUCCUGUAUUUAUUAUUAUGUAUGCACAUACAACCAGAUCUCUCCUGGCUAGAGCUUCUCAGCUCUUAUACUUGUUUUAUUACUAUAAGUUUAGUUUAAAUUGAACAAAUCUUUCAUGAGCAAAAGGAACAAAACCAGACAAUUUUUUAACCACACAGACAUUGUUUCUGACUCUUAAACACUACACACUGUGAAAUGUGUUUACAUUUGGGAUAUGUAUGGAGGAUUCUUUUACAAGCAUGAAUAUAAAUGUGCGAUUGUACUGGUGGAGCGCUGGACCCUAAUAUGAGAAGGUGUUUUUGAGACAGUCGGCUCUUUAAGAUUGAAAAUAUCAUCAGCAGGAGGUAUAGUAGAAGGAUGAGCGGAUAAAUAUUAUGUAAUACAAUAUUACACCUACAUCAUUUUUAUGGGAAAUUUGCAGCAGUCACAAAUUUCCAGGAUUAAAACUUUUAUUAUGGGGCUCCCACCUUUCUACUGUACGUAAAGCAGACUAUAAGGCCUCAUUCAUACAGGUUUACCUGAGUGUACACCCGUGCAAGGACCGCGUUUGCCCGCACAGGGAUGUACAGGUGGUCCGUGUGCCCACGUGCAGGCAGUCCCAUUAAUGUCAGUUGAGAUGCAGCGGCUGCACAGACAGCCACUGCUCCCAAUGUGACAGCUGCACACCCGAAGACCAUUACAUUGGUGUCCUGACUGGAAUGCACAGGGCCAGCUUUAUUUUUAAAAUAAUAAUUUUCAUCUCUGCCCAGUACUGAAAAUUGCAGCGUCUUCCAUGCACAUCUUAUGUAAACACAAGUCAGUAUUCAUGAUUAUGUUGCACUUUCGUUGUAUUCAGUUUUGCAUGUAUUUUCUGUAUUUUAUGUUUUACAUUGACAUCUCUGCCCGAGUAAUCUCAGAUGACAUCUUUCUGGUAUCUUUCUCAUCUUACAUCGGUAAACAGGUUCCAAGCUCUGCUUAUAGUCUUUUAAUUCUAUCACACAGAGCCCUUUAUAGCAAAAUUAGAGGACAGAGAGGUGCUUGUGCCCAUAACAACCCAUCUGAUGCCAGAUUUUACUCCUAUGGUGCAGAUUCAAAACAUCUGAUUGGUUCCUGUGGGCCCAUUGGUUCCUUUUUUUUUUAUCAGCCUCAUCCUUCACAAAUGACAAUUUGGAGGCGUUUUCUGCCCCAGUCAAGAUGUGUCUGUUCUUAGCUUAUGAUGUCAGUUCUGUUUAUAUGUUUACAUCAUAAUGAAAUAUUGCUGCCUAUAAUAAAACAUGCAUUUUCAGUAUAGGUUUUUUUUUUUUUUUUGGUACGUUCAUCUUUGUUUCACAAGUGUGAUUCUCUGCAGCUUUCUAUCAUAUACUAAUGUUGGUGUGUAAAGAUAAGGAGUGUCGGACAGAACCACCAUCCCACAGUCAUCUGACAACUUUUUCUAAUGCAAUGCCUGAAAUCUGAUAAUUUGCCAUAGGCAAUGCUGAAAUGUCUUAUUUUAGACACUUAUUUUUACAGAAGAUGAUUUAAAAGCUCUGCUACUCUCAUCAAUGUAAGUAUGCUUUAGAGCUUAUAUCCAAUUAUACCUUUCAUUUCUGUAUUUCAAACCAUUUGAAUAAACUGGUAUACUCGGAGUACCUCCUUUACAUUU